AGUAUUGAAUACAUGUUUGGCAUUGUUGGUAUUCCAGUCACUGAAAUUGCAAUUGCAGCCCAAGCAGUUGGAAUAAAAUAUGUAGGAAUGAGAAAUGAACAAGCGGCCUGUUAUGCUGCAUCUGCUGUUGGAUAUUUGACUGGCAGACCAGGAGUAUGUCUUGUAGUGUCCGGUCCAGGUUUUUUACAUGCCCUUGGUGGGAUGGCAAAUGCAACCAUGAACUGCUGGCCUUUGAUUGUUAUUGGAGGCUCUUCUGACAGAAAUCAGGAAACCAUGGGAGCUUUCCAAGAAUUUCCACAGGUUGAAGCUGGUAGGCUGUACAACAAACUGUCUGUCCGCCCAAGCAGCAUAGAAGUUGCUGUUAUUGAAAAGGCUGUAAGAACCAGCAUAUAUGGUCGUCCAGGUUCCUGCUAUAUUGACAUACCUGGUGAUUUUGUGAAUCUUCAGGUGAAUAAGAGCUCUGUCAAGUACGUGGAAUGCUGCCUGCCACCUCCUGUCAGCAUGGCUGAAUUCUCUGCUGUAUCCGAAGCAGCGUCUAUCAUUGCUCGUUCCAAGCAGCCUCUGCUAAUCAUUGGCAAAGGUGCUGCUUAUUCACAUGCUGAAAACAACAUCAGAAAGUUGGUGGACCUUUGUGGACUGCCUUUUUUGCCUACACCAAUGGCAAAAGGAGUAGUUCCUGAUAACCAUCCAAAUUGUGUAGCUGCAGCAAGAUCAACGGCAUUACAACACGCUGAUGUGAUCAUCUUGCUUGGUGCAAGAUUGAAUUGGAUUUUGCAUUUUGGUCUUCCACCAAGGUUUCAACAAGAUGUGAAGGUUAUUCAGAUUGAUAUUUGUGCAGAAGAGCUUGGGAAUAAUGUGAGGCCAGCUGCAAUUUUGUUAGGUGACAUAAACACUGUGACUAAGCAGCUCUUAGAAGAAUUCAGCAAAAGACCACUGAAAUAUCCUUCUAAUUCAGAGUGGUGGAAGAAGCUGAGAGAGAAAAUAUCUACCAAUGAGGAAAGAUCAAAGGGAUUAGCGUUACAGAAAUUGCUGCCUAUGAAUUACUACACAGUCUUUCAUCACAUCAGAGAACUGAUACCCAAGGACUGCAUCUUAGUAAGUGAGGGAGCAAAUACCAUGGACAUUGGACGAACUAUGCUUCCAAAUUACUAUCCCCGUCAAAGGCUUGAUGCAGGUACUUUUGGAACGAUGGGAGUUGGAUUGGGUUUUGCUAUAGCAGCUGCAAUGGUAGCUAAAGACCGAACACCUGAAAAGCGAGUCGUCUGCAUAGAGGGAGAUAGUGCAUUUGGAUUUUCUGGGAUGGAGGUGGAGACUAUUUGCAGAUACAACUUGCCAAUCCUGAUUAUCAUAAUAAACAACAAUGGGAUUUAUACUGGUUUGGAUGCAGAUGCCUGGAAGGAGAUGCUAAAGUUUGGAGAUCCUGCUACAUGUGUACCUCCUGUUUCUCUCCUGCCAAAUUCACACUAUGAGGAAAUUAUGUCUGCCUUUGGAGGUAAAGGAUACUUUGUUAAAACACCAGAAGAACUGCAGAAUGCUCUGAAAGCAAGCAUCACUGACAAGCAAACACCUUCUCUUAUAAAUGUAAUGAUUGAUCCACAGUCUGAGAGAAAGAAACAGGAAUUUCCGUGGCUGACUCGUUCUAACCUGUAG